GGCGCGACUCUGAAGAGCCGUUCCGUUUCGAGAUUCUCAGCAAUUAACAAAUCGUUUCACGUUAAAAGCGGGGAUUCUUCAGGCUUCGAUCUCAAUGCAAAUAGGCUAGAAAAUUCGAUUUCGUGAUUUGACGCAGUUCAUCAGUUUCAUCCAUGGAGUCCGAUUCAUCUCCUUCUCCAUUGCAGAGAUCUCAUUCAGCCCGUCUUGGGUCAUUCUGUCUCGUAAACCCUUCAAAACCCCUUGAAUCUCCAUUAAACACCUUCUUCGUCUUCUUCUUCCUAUGCAACUUUUGCUCUGUAGUCUCCACAUUCUCAGAUUCAAAUUUUGAGAGUACGUAUACCCGCCACUGCGACCAAAUCGUCCCCAUUGCUGCGUUGCAGCCUCAGACUGGCGGUGUCCCUCGUAUCGCUAAGUUGCUUCGAUUCCGAUAUGGGUACUUCUCCGGCGGCGAUCGACUUUUCAAUAAAACCUCCCAUUCCGCCGGUAAGCAUACUUGGUUUGUGGUUCAGUCUGUUCACGAAACGGGGAAAGAUGGCGUGUAUGAAGUGCAAGGGAAGUUGCGUCUCUGGAACCGAGAAAUGCAGCCAGUACAGAACCAUUUCCGCAGGUUGCCAGGACAAGCUUACCGGCACCCCAGAAUAACACAUUGGAGAGCAGGUAUAGACUUUGUGCUGCAUGGAUUGUGGUCUGAAUCUUCUGGAAAGCUUUGUAUGAUUGGAACGGAAUCGCAUGGUAAUGGUAAAGUAAUAAAUGUUAUUCUUAAGCUUAAUUACCCGCUCGUAUCGAGCAUUUUCAGUAGUUUCAUUAAUGGGACUCUUGAAAGCAUUGAUGACCAGACCAGCUUGUUUCACUUCGAACCGAUUUCAAUAAUUGCUUUAUCUCAGACUUCAAAUUAUGAGUAUAGCAUUGGGGGAAAAGAUAAUGAUAUUGGUUGUUUAGCUGAGGCAGAUGGUGAAAGCUUACCGCUCAACAACUUCAGUCAAGGUGCCUGUACUGUAUUUAAUAAACGCACAGAUUUAUUCGAACUGAAAUAUGAGAGUAAUUGUCAAGGUGAUGAUUGCAAUCCUCUUGGUGCGAAUGCUGGAUAUUUACCUGAGUUUAUGUAUUUUUAUGGCAUUCGAUGUGCAGAAAGGCAAAAGGUUCAGAUGUUGUUGGGUUUUCCUGAUCCCAGUUAUCAAGAUUCUGUGUUUCCUUUUAAUCCUAAUUCAACACUGGUAUCUGAGGGAACAUGGGAUGGGAAAAAGAACCGACUUUGUGCAGUAGCAUGUCGAAUCUUGAACUUUUCAGAAUCAUUCACUAACGCUUAUGUUGGACAUUGCUCAAUUAAGCUUACACUGAGGUUCCCUUCAGUUUUGUCUUUAAGAAACAGAAGUGCUAUUUUGGGCCAAAUUUGGAGCACUAAAGCGGUUGAUGAAUCUGGCCAACUCAGUAAAAUCGAAUUUCUGAGCUCCUCCAAGAUUCAAAGACUUCCCGUUAGUUUUCAGUAUAAAUAUACUGAAAUUGGCACAGUAAGAAAAUCUUGUGCAGAAGACAUGACAGCUACAGGGAAGGGAAGGAUGCAUCCAGAUGGAAAUUCUUCUGAUAUGAAAUUUAGCAUGUCAGUGAGAAACAGCAAAGGACAAGUAGCUCAGGGUUACUCAUCACCACUAUUUGUUAGUGAUCAGAUUUAUGACAGUAAAUUUUAUGGGGGUUCACUUAUGUUGACAAGGGACAGCCCAAAAGUGCAUAUGGCUCAAUUGGUUAACCACAGCAGUGUGUUGAAUAUCAGCUACACGAUAAGCUUUAAACCAUCAGCUAAUUUUAAGUUUGAUAGUGAGGGUGCUUUGGCCAGAGAAGUUGUUAUUUUUGCUGAAGGAAUAUACAAUAGCAAUACAGGACUUCUGUGUAUGGUAGGAUGCCGGAAUCUGAGAUCAACUAACAAGCGUACGCUGAAGAAUGAAUCACUGGAUUGUGAACUUUUGAUUAAUGUUCAGUUUCCUCCUUUGAAUGCAAAGGUCAAUGAAUAUAUUAAGGGAACUGUAGGAAGCAAAAGAGAUAAAUCUGAUCCAUAUUAUUUUGAGCCCCUUCAGUUGUCCUCAUUUUCCAUUUACAACAAUCAAGUGGAAGCAUCCAUAUGGAGAAUGGAUCUUGAAAUCAUUUUGUUAUUGAUAUCGAACACGCUUGCUUGUUUGUUUGUAGGACUUCAACUCCGUUAUAUGAAAAAGUAUCCAGAUGUGCCACCUUACAUAAGCAUUGUGAUGCUUAUCCUUCUUACUCUGGGACACUUGAUUCCACUGCUGUUGAACUUUGAGGCCUUAAUCAUGGGAAGCCAUAAACAGAAUGUUUUUCCUGGAAGUGGAGGUUGGCUUGAAGUGAAUGAAGUGGUUGUAAGGGUGGUAACAAUGGUAGCUUUCCUUCUGGAGUUGCGUCUUCUCCAGUUGGCUUGGUCUUCAAGAAAGGGUGAGAGAAGCCAACCAGGUUGCUGGGUUUCUGAGAAAAAGGUCCUUUUUGUGACUCUACCUCUGUAUCUCGUUGGUGUAUUGACAGCAUGGUCGGUAAACAGAUGGAAGAAUUCCCAGCUGAAAAAAUACAGGCCAUUCCGACUAUCCCGUCACCGAUCCCGUGGACAACCUUCUUUUAGGCCGCCUUCCCUCUGGGAGGAUCUCAAAUCUUUGGCCGGUUUGCUCCUGGACGGUUUUCUUCUUCCACAGAUACUAUUCAACGUAUUUUUUAACUCAGACGGAAAGGCUCUUUCAUCAUCUUUUUAUGUUGGAACGACCAUUGUUCGAAUUCUGCCCCAUGCUUAUGAUCUUUACAGAGCUCACAGUUCUGCGUGGUACCUUGAUUUAUCGUAUAUAUAUGCAAACCAUAGGAUGGAUUUGUUUUCCACUGCUUGGGACAUCAUAAUACCUUGCUGUGGACUUUCGUUUUCUUUCUUGAUAUACCUUCAACAGAAGUUUGGUGGCCGGUGUAUUCUUCCAAAGAGAUUCAGAGAAAGUUCUUCAUAUGAGAAAGUCCCUGUUAUUGGUAACAACGAUUUGUGAUAUAAAUUGUAUUGUGCAAAAUGAUUACAUGCUUGAAAUUUU